CAACGGUGGGUAACUCGCAGGCUCUUGUGUCGGGUAACAGGGUGUCUGUCUCUCUUUCUGCAGAGUUUCCAUUUCCCUCUUUUUAUGACCCUGCUGCACCUCCUGGUUAUUUUCCUGCUCUCUGCUCUGACCAGGGCCCUGAUGAGAUGCUACACCAAGAGGUCCCGUGUGGUGCUGUCCUGGACUGACUAUCUCAGAAGGGUGGCUCCAACAGCUUUGUCGACUGCUUUGGACGUUGGACUGAGCAACUGGAGCUUCCUGUACAUCACUGUCUCCCUUUACACAAUGACCAAAUCCUCUGCCAUCCUCUUCAUCCUGCUCUUCUCCCUGAUCUUCAGACUGGAAGAGCUGAGAAUGGCGCUGGUGCUGGUGGUUCUGCUCAUUGCUGGGGGGCUCUUCAUGUUCACGUACGAGUCCACCCAGUUCAAUACGGAGGGGUUUGUGCUGGUGCUGGGGGCCUCCUUCCUUGGGGGCAUUCGCUGGACUCUCACCCAGAUGCUCAUGCAGAAGGCCGAGCUGGGUACGUUGGGAGGCAGGAAGUCCUUCAGCCCUUGGCUUUGGGCCUUGGAUCUCUGCCCUCCUGUAGCAAGUCGUCAGGACUCAGUGGCCCUCUCCUCGGGGGCGUCCCAAGGCUGGGAUUUUUACCUCCCCGCUGGAAAGGGCUCCGUUAUUCCCGUGUCACACUUGGCUUCCCUGCCCCUUCUCUUGAUUCCAGGGCUGCCGCUGUCCACGUCGGAGAAGCUGUUCCGUUUCCACGAGGCAGGGCUGUUGCUCGCUGUGGUGGGGAAGCUCUCCUUAGGGGGGUUUCUUGCUUUUGGUCUGGGCUUCUCCGAGUUCCUCUUGGUCUCCAGAACCUCCAGCCUCACUCUCUCCAUUGCUGGCAUUUUUAAGGAAAUCUGCACUUUGCUGCUGGCCACUCGCUUGCUGGGAGACCGCCUGACCCUCCUGAACUGGGUGGGCUUCGCCGUCUGCCUCUCGGGAAUCUCCCUGCAUGUCACUCUCAAAGCCUUCAGUUCGAAGGGGGAAAAGGAGCCAAAGCCGCACAAAGGGACCAGCUCUAGCCCUGACCUGGAGCUGCUGCUGCGGCACAGUGAGCCCGAGGAGGAAGAGGAGCUACAGCGCUGACUGGCCUUGAGCGCGGCGCCCUGCUCCAGCUGAGCAGCAAACGGGUCGAAGAAUCCUGGGCUGCCGGCUCCUCCAGUCGGGCGUGAGAGGCUCUGGAGCUGAUGGGCCCACUGCUCAGGUCCCUGGAGCCUGUGGGUGAGCCAGGCAGCGCUGCGCACUUCCCCUUGAGGAGCUGGAAGAGUGGGGGGGAUGGGGCGGGGGCCCGCGGACUGUUGAGUGAGGGGCCCAUGGGCUGCAGGACUCACCGGGCUCCGGUGUCGGCGCCAACGAGUGAAAGCAGAGGGUCCCCUGCGGGGCUCUCCCCCACAGCUUCGCCGCUCCGAGUCCGUAACGUUCUCUGGAGCUGGGGGUGGUGCAGAAAAUCUGGGACUUGCCCCCGUGGGGCAGCCGUUGCAGCCAGGGCUCUCCGGUCCCCGCUCGCAAUGGGAAGAGGCUGCUCCCUCUGCCUGCUGGGUUCCGGGGAGGGUAUGACCUGCUGGGCAGGGCGUCUGGGCAGCACAUUUCUUCAUUGAAAAGUUCUGAUUUUUCACGGAAAUAAAAGACGCCAGCCCCCUC